AUGUUCUGGAAUUCCCGUCUCUCCGUUGUUGGUUUUCCAGUUUUCCUUCUGUCUCCGUCGUUGUGUGCUGUCAUCUUCCGGGAUCCGAUUGGAUCGCUGCGUCGCGUGGUGUCUGCAUCUGCAGCCCCUACUUCCUCAGCCACCCUGACGAUGACUGGUCGUCGGUGGGUGUUCUACUCCUGCGCAGCGGGCCCACGAUCCGCUGUCGACAGUUUCGCUGGGUUUCGGGGUGCAGAGAGUUGCCGUUGCUCUGCUGCUUUCCGCUCGUCUCCCGGAAUCCGUCCUCGGCUGUUGUUGGUGUCGGAUGGGGGCGAUGUUUGCCCUCCUGGUCUGUUGACUGCCGGUGUUUUGGUUUGUUCAGUUUUCCUUCUGUUUCCUCCGUUUGUUCUUCGUCGCUGCUCGGUGCUUGGAGGACCGGUCGGCGGUUUCUUGAGGCGUUCUGACUAG